AGCAGAAGUGACAAGACCUCCCCGUACGCGUGUUCACAUCCACAGCUAUACGAACCAGCGCGAGCCAAAACAGUCACGGAAAUAAGACGAGGAAAGGACGGACGCGUGUGCUGCGGUCAAACCAGGGAUUGCCACUGGAUCACUUUACACCAAGCCUUUGCUCUUGAUGAUAAUCAUAUGCGCAGAAGCCGUCCUCUGGCCCUAUAGACGCGCGUGCACACUGGAGGUUGCGCUUGGAAGUGGACGAAACUUUUUGUUUGUUUGUUUGUUUGUUUUGCCUCUGACGUUUUGGAUUCUGAGGCAUUAAACGUUAUACUGUGGAUUUUAAUUUUAAGAUAACCGGAGGACCAAGAUAGUGUGGAUUUCCACUUUUCUUUUUGUUAUUAUUAUUGUUAUUCUUAUUUAACUCAUUUUUCUGGAGGAGCGGGGGCGUUCAAGAAGUUAAUUUUAGCGGAUUCGACGCAGGUGCUUCGGAUCUGAAGGGCAGAAUGGAUGUGUUACUUUGACCCACGAUAUCACACACGAUUCAUUCAUAUUCAGCAGCUUCGCUUUCUUAAUUGUUUUGAGAGCCAAAGACUCACCGCAACACUCCACUGGAAUUACAAUCAUGAACUUUGUUGUUUAUUUGAUACAGUUAUUUUUUGCGGCUCUCCUCCAUCUGUCUGCUGUAAAGGCUGCCCACAUACCCAAAGAAGGGGGAAAGAGCAAAAAUGAUGUGAUUCCCUUCAUGGAUGUGUAUAAAAAGAGUGCGUGCAAGACGCGAGAGCUGCUGGUAGACAUCAUCCAGGAGUAUCCCGAUGAGAUCGAGCACACUUACAUCCCGUCCUGUGUGGUUCUCAUGCGCUGUGCAGGCUGCUGUAAUGAUGAGGCGCUCGAAUGCGUCCCGACAGAGACACGAAAUGUCACUAUGGAGGUUCUGCGGGUCAAGCAACGCGUAUCGCAGCAUAAUUUUCAGCUGAGUUUCACAGAACACACCAAGUGUGAAUGCAGGCCAAAGGCAGAAGUCAAAGCAAAGAAAGAAAACCACUGUGAGCCUUGCUCAGAGAGAAGGAAGCGCUUGUAUGUGCAGGACCCCCUCACCUGUAAAUGCUCCUGCAAAUUCACACAAAUGCAAUGCAAGUCCAGACAACUUGAGUUAAACGAAAGAACUUGCAGAUGUGAAAAGCCAAGAUGAUGAGCGAGCGAGCGAACGCCGGGCAGAACACUGCAUGAAGGAAGGAACUUAAUUAAAAACUUUUUAAACGGCACAGCACUUUCAAAACCUGAGGAAGAACAUUCCUUGGACAAACUGCAAACACUAUCCUGAACGGAACACUAGAGGAGAAAUCAUCCCAUUGUAUAUUUUUAAGAUGUUAAUAUAUAGAAUAUUAUAUAUAUAUAUUAAAUGACAAUGUGUGUCGCUGCUAUCACCUACAAAUAAGUCAACGAAGACGCUGCUUUUUCGCGUGUGAAUGGGAUAUAUUGCAGUGUUACUACUUCUGAGGCCUGUGAUUGGACGAAACACAGCGAGGGAUGCAUAAUUAAAGACUCAGACUUCACUGAGAGCCGACAACCUCCGAACCUUCCUUUACGAACAGUACCAGACUGUCAAUCAAAGGACAGGAAGUGACACAAUUAAAGAUUCUUUUCCGGAAUCUUCGGAACAGUGGGUCCAGGAACGGAACGCGAAUGCGGAACUCUCUUUUUCUGUGAUGUCACUUGCUAGGGUGAAUUCGUAGUCGAAAAGACUCCUAGACUGACUAACAUCCAAUAGGACUUGGUGUGAUAAUACUAAAGGGAUAUUACGUGUAUGUAUAUAUGACAAAAAAAAAACACACUCAAAUCAGUGACGUUUGACAUUCCACAUUAAAAAUACUAUAGUACGUAGUGUUUUUGAACCAUACUAUGGUAAAGUGUAUUAUACUGACUUUCUUUGCUGCUUGUUCAAACUACUUAUUUAAAAUUAAGUUGAAACAACACAAUUCUUAAUUUAUUUUAGGGACAACUUAACUGUUUUAUGUUCAAUCCACCAACUUAAAUUUAUAAAUUAAGUUGACCUAAUUGAUUUGUGUUGGGACAACAUAAAGAAAUAGUUUGGAAGCCAGCAUUUAUUUUACAGUGUAUCUUAUAAUAUCAAGUACUUUACUAGAGUGUAUUCCAAAAACGACACUAUAGAAUUGACUAGAGUAUUUUGUAAUGUGUGAAGGAACGAAGUCGUUCUGUUAGUACGUGGUAUUCAUAAAAGGUUCAUUUUUUUAUUUUUCCAAAGAAAGAGAACAUUGCACACAAUUUUAGGAACUGUUUAUUACCACACGACAUCUGUAUAUACAUUUCUAAUAUCCCUUUGUGUAGUUCGCUGCACCUAAUUUAAAAUGUUAGAACAGUAUUCUGUCUAUUUAAUUUGUCUAUUUAUAUCGAGUUAUUGUUAUUGUUUCAUGAAUCUGAAAAACUGUGGACUGCUUUUUAUAAACAGACAAACGAGAGACAAAAACAUUCCUGAAAAGCGCCUUUUUUAGUUUGUUUAUAUCAGUGAUCACAUCUGUGGAGAAGUUUCGGGAUGACAAGCAAACAUUCUCUUUGUGUGCCACAUUUUCAGAGUAAUAUAUUUAAUGGUGCUGUUAACAUCUUUUUUUUUUUGUGUGCGUUUUUAGUUUAUUAUUAUUCCGCAUAUUUAUUUUUUAAAUAAUAUUAUUUUGUAUUAAAGCAGAAAUGAAUUUCAA